GUCUACACUGGACCAGCUAAAGUCAGCUAAAAGUGGUUUGAUUCCACUAUUUCUGUCUAAUGUCUCAUCUUCAGACAUCUGCUGGUGGCAUCCUUAUAAUAACAGUGACAACAUCAAGAUUGUCAACAUAAACAUGAACUAAAAGUAAUCUUUUGUGUGACUUUUAACAUGGAUGAAUUCUGUGAUGAUGUGAAAAACUCCACCCAGCAAAGCAAAGAUGAAACCUCUCAACCCGAUAACCAACCUGCCUCCAGCUCUGAUCCACCGCUUGUUGUCAACACUUCUUCUGACAACAGUUCUUGCCAAGAAGGAAGCCGAAAGCCGUCAGGCGUUCAACAAGUUCUUCUAAACGUCCCGCACAUACAGCAACACUUUGAGUGGGACUGCGGGCUGGCGUGUACGCGGAUGGUUCUCAGACACGUCCUACCGUCCCCGCCGUCCGCCGACAACUUCCGCGCGCUCUGCGAAAAGAUGGACGUGGGCUGCAGCGUGUGGACGGUGGAUCUCGCGUGGAUCAUGGCGCACUAUAACAUCCCCCAUCUCCUCUGUACGCGAACUCUCGGGGUAGACAGCGGCUACCAACAAGAGAGCUACUAUCUCGACAACUUCGACAAAGACAAACAGAGAGUUAACCACCUCUUCACCAACGCUGCAUCGUUGGGAAUACGUACGGAGAAAAAGACCGUAACAAUACAGCAAAUACAGGAACAUCUAACAAAAGGAAACGCGGCCAUUGUUUUGGUCGACUCCUCAAAACUUCACUGUGUUUGGUGCAACGAGGAAAAAGCUUGCUGCUGCUGGCCUUGCUACAUGUUAUGGUCUUGUUUAUCAGAAGACUUAGAUGAAGAAGAAGUUUUUGUGGCUUCGGAACUAAACAAAGAAGUAAGAAGCGUUGCCAAGAAUCUCUCUGACUCUGACGACGGUAAAGAAGUUGCAAAAGUGCCUCUCGAAGAAGAGACUGACGAAAGCUUACACGCUACUGCUGAAAUUUCUGUUACGGAUCAAAAUAAGUGUGAGGAUAACCAAACAUUGGAAGAGAAAUCUGACACUAAAGCAGAUUCAAACAAAAACCCUACUAAUGUAGACACUAGAGAAAAAUUUGACAAGUCAGGCUACCAGGGACAUUUCAUUGUUGUUUGUGGGUACAGUGAGGAAGGUAUUCUAUAUAGAAAUCCAGGCCUGGCUACUGAUCUGUGCUGCUGCUCACUUCAGAGUUUUGAGGAUGCCAGAAAGAGUUACGGUACGGAUGAAGAUAUCCUCUUUGUGUAUCAGCAGGCAGGAGACAAUGGCACUGCAAGUAUGUAAAUUUUUAGGUUAAUAGAUGUUAAUUUAUGCACCUUACACAUGUUGAAGAGAGAGCUUUGGAUGUGAAGACUGUGACUAACAUGUAUUAGAUGCACCCACAUAUUCUAAUACUAGUGCCAAUUACAGUGGUAUGUUCUAGAUUUAAGGCCACACCAAUUUAAUUUCUUGGUUAACGGAUU